UAGAAUAGUUAAUAUAGUUAUUGAAUUAUCUUUACUGAUUACUUUUGUAAUUAUAGUGAAAAACGAACACUUUCCAUACGUCAUUGAUCGAAAUGAUAAAUUGCGAACAACAGAUUUUAGUUUGUCAUCCGAGUUUGUUUUCAGUGUAAGCGGCGAACCGUUCAAAUCGAUAAUCGUAUGCAAAAAGCCGGUCAGUCGGUUGCGGUGACUUGACCUACGGACGCACCUCGUCUCGGGACCGGAGCGCAUCUGCUUAAGCUUUAACUGGUUAAAUAGUGUUAUCCGCUUGAAUUUGUUAUUGUUAUUAUGUUAGUGCUAUUGUUAUUGUUUUUGUUUAUGCGUUUUCAUCGCCUGUCCGUCGGCGAUUUGUUUUUGUUGCAUAUGAUUUGGGCAGUUUGAGAAAUAGAUGAAAAAACAGGGUGCCUUUUUUUUCAUUUCAUAUUGAGCCAUUACUACUGGACUUAUGUUCCUACGUAAGAAGACCCAAAACUAGUGAAAAAAUCUGUACAAAAUUGUUCAUAUAGUUCCAAACAUCAAUGGACUAACAUUCAAUUUUCCAAGAUACACAUUCCCCUUACCUCACAGCAAGCACCCUGUGCCGCCCCUCGGAGAUCUCAGGUGAAUUUCGAGAGCAACAUGGUUUUCGGUGGUCUUAGGUUAGUGAUGACUCCACAUCGACGGCUCUCCGUCGCUGACGUCACGGGCCAUCGCCGCAUCUAACGGUUUGUGGUGGAUCUCCGAUGGAACUCUUGUAUAAAAACGUUGGAUCUGCUGGAGAUCGUCAUCAUUCGCUAGCCGGGAACAGCUCGACGCACAGGUGUCGCCUUCGAUUCCACCUAUUUUUCCAAAUUUGAAACAGAGAUAGCUCAACGCUGAAAUGAAGGUCUUCAUCUGCCUGUUGGCCACCAUCUGCGCCUGCAAUGCCACCUUCCUGUCCCUUCUGGGCGGCGGAGGCGGUGGUGGAGGAGGAGGAGGUAGCAAGACCACUUACAAUGUGAUAGCCACGCCCAGUUCGGGAGGCGGUGGAGGUGGAGGUGGCGGCGGAGGUCACGGAUAUUCAUAUGCCCAGGGAGGCGGCGGAGGUCAUGGGUAUGCGCAGGGACAUGGCUACGGACAUGGACACGGUGGCUCCCCGCAGAUCAUCAAGGUCAUUCUGCAGGAGGGUCAGGGCUACAGCAACGCUGGAGGAUCAGCCGGCGGCAUUGUGUCCUCGGAAGGUCAUGGCUACAGUCACGGUCAUGGUCAUGGCUACGCCAGUGGUCACGGAUCCUAUGGCGGCCAGCAGGCUCAGAUCUACAAGAUCAUCGAACAGGCACCGGCUCCAGUCCCAGCUCCUGCCCCCGUUCCCAUUCCGAUUUCGAUUCCUGCCCCUGCUCCGCCAGCUGCUCCCAUUGCCUAUCAUGCUUCCAGUGGCUCCAGUGGCUACUCCUAUGACCACGGCCAUUCGCACUCCUACGGACAGUCGUAUGCUUCGGGACAUGGUUACGGUGGUGCCGCCUCCUUCGAUGCCCAGCAGUUCAAUGCCAUUCUGCCGCAGAUCAUCCAGUUGGUGCUGCAGGAGGAUUCGUUUGGCGGCGGCGGCGGUGGUGGAUCCGCUGAUGUGGCUGCCAUCAAUGGCCAGCUGAUCAACACCUUCGGCUCCAAGGGCAAAGCUAUCAUUUUGAAGGCCGAUCAGGCGCAGGGAGCCUUCUUCAAGAGCGGACACGUGGUGCAGCGGGGAACCCUGAAGGUGAUGCGCGUCCAGGAGCAGCAGCAGUCCCAGGGCGCUGGUGGCUCCAAGGGAGGCUGGGGCUCCGGUGGAGGUGCCAUUUCCGGUGGCUGGAACGCCGGCGGAGGUGCCGCUUCCGGUGGCUGGAGCAGCGGUGGUCCACCUUCGGCCUGGUAGAUGCACUGCAUCCACAGCUCGCCUAGUUAGUUAGACCAAAUGAAUUGUUUUUUUUUUUCACCAUCUUCUAUUCUAUCGUUAUGUAUUUUUUUCCUAGGCUAAUCCUUCACAGUCAUUAUCAGAAAAAAACAUCCAUCAUUUUUAACUUAAAUUAUUUGUUAAUAAACAAUUUGAACCAAUUCGAAGUGUUUUAUUUACAUACCACAAAUAAGCCGGCCAUAAAGUUAAAAAUUCGAAAUAAAGCAAAUGUUGUUAAUGGCUUGACAAAUUCCAAAGACACUUUCCAUAAAAGACUUAAAUAAUUGUUGCAAAAUAAUCAACUCGAUCGCACAAUGCAGUUCAAGUUAUUGUAACACUAUUUUCCCACAAUUAUUUCUAAAUGACAGGUUCAUCAUAACAAUGCAUUUAUUUUAGUUUGAAAAAGUUGCCCCUCAGGCGUAAAUAUUUGUAAAGAAAUAAUUUGUAAAUAAUAAAAUACAUCAUUAGGGCUUGAAGAAAUAAAUAAACUCAACAAAUUCCACGAAGAUCUCGGCAAACUUGUUAUGCUUACCCAAUUUCAUUUUCAAGGCUGAGAAAAGCACAUGGAAAGCCAAGAGCAGGCAAUCCGGCCUCUUCAUCAUUAACUUAUAUUAUUUGUUAAUAAAUAAAUGGCCCAAACAUACAUACAUACAUAUGCAAAACCAGCCACAAAAUGUGUAACGUGUUAGCCGAUUACAUCACGACUUUCAUUGAUGAUGACGAGAUGGCCCCUUGGCCGGCAACAGUUUUGUUUUGAAUUGAUUGCCCGUCGGUGGAGUUGCGAAAUGCCGGGCCCGCGUGUGUCCAAAUGCCCCACCUCCGAUCACCGGACCCGAUUUCAGACUCCGAGACUCCCAGACAUCCAAGUCAAAGGUGAAAUUAACAAGAUGCUGUGCUAACAACCGAAAGAGAUGGCGACGUGAAGCAGUGUGAAAGGCCCUCACGAGCUUUCAAGAUGAUCUCAAUUUGUUUCCAAGAAAAUAAUAGUUUUGAAACCAUUAACUUGAAUAUUAAACUAACCAUAGAUUUUACUUAUCUAUUUAGUUUGCAAUAUAUAAAUAUUUAAAUUAGAAUCCCCAUGUCUUGUUGUCAUUUGCUCCUCACGCGAUCAUCUCGAAUCGCUCCCACAUGCUGUGGACCAAAUUGAUUUCGGAUGUGGCUGCCAAUUAUGUGAAUACACAUGGAGAGCCAUUGUUUCCACUAACACCAUAGCUUGAACGGAUUGCUCAAAACGGAGGCGAAAAACGCAAGGGCUUAUAAUAUUACAAAUACUUUUACAAAGUAUAAUUCGAUUUAUUAGCAAUAAAUAAUAAUUAGCAUACGAUAAUCAUUCGGGUAACACUCAGUGGACACCGAUUAUGGAUCAGUUUUGUUUUGGGGUUUUAGUUAAGCACACGUUAAUACAGACAUAGAAAAGACCACUUCUCUGGCUCUUAAACUAGGUAGCGGGUUAAUAAUACUUCCGAUAGCCGGCUAAAUUGCGCGCUGGAACAGAUGGGCCAGCAGAUCGGCCUCGCUCAGAUCCAUUUUGUACUUCUGGACAAUGUCCUGCACCUUGAGUC